AUGGUGGAAUUUGACGAAGCAACUAAAAUAUUCUCCAAUUUAUCAAAUUAUAUUCAAAGUUUAGAUAAUCAAAAUGAAAUUAGAAAUGUCAUUUCGAGUUGGAGAGAAAGAUUACCAAACAUGUGGGAUGAUAUUAACAUUUGGAGUGACAUUGUUGCUUUUAGAAAACACAUUUUUAAUGUCAUUAUACUAGCUGAUAGUUUACACAGUUUCAAAGUUUUAACAGAAUGUCCUAUUAUUGUUGUUCUAAUUUUUCAAUCACAUCGUAAUGUAGUAAAUGGUAACAUCCUAAACUUCCUACCACUUAUUAUAAGGACAUUAAGUCUUCAGCCUCGACCACAAGCUGAGGCACAUGAAUCAGCAAAAGCUAGAGGGGAGAUUUUUAUUGGUGUUGCUCCAGGGAUAAGAGAUAGAGUGAAAUAUACUGAAUUUAUCGUUGCUCAAGUUAAAACAUUAGCCUUUUUAGCAUACGUUUUAAGAGCUUAUACAGCAGAAUUAUCUCAUUACCAAGAUCAAGUUCCAGAAUUUAUUAUUCGUCUUCUUCAUGAUU